AUGUAUUUCUUGCCAAUCACUCUGCUUGUUGCGGCCCAGUUGCCCGCUGCCUUGACAGCUGCAGCAUGCGGCUCUGCUGAGGCAUAUGCUGCGAUUGACGCCGAAGCUUUCACAGUGGCUGCUGUCCGACAGCCCCCUGUCAACUUUGCACUUCCUGUCGGUUUGAACAAGACUUGGGUUGACUUGGACCUGAAUGCUACAGUUGACCAAGCCAUCCAAACCAUCGCCGAGGCCAAAGAUGACGGAGUCGCUUUGAUUGCAUUUCCCGAGCUUUACUUUCCUGGGUAUCCUGUGGCCAUCAACACGGCAUACACUGCCGAGCAGAUUGCCCAAUAUGUCUCGCAGUCCAUGUCAAUCGACAGUGCCGCUUUCCGAAAAUUGGUCAACGCAUUUAAAGACCAAGGCGUGUACGGCGAGUUUGGUUUCUCAGAGAUCGCAGACGGCAUGAUCUUCAUGGCACAGGUGCUCGUUGGUCCAGACGGAACUAUUCUACGACAUCGACGCAAGUUACGUCCCUCGGGCGUCGAACGUGAUAUCUGGUCUGAUGGGGACAUGUCAGGUCUGACUGUGACCCCGACUCCACAUGGUCGCAUCGGCCUCCUUGAGUGUUGGGAGCACUUCCACCCAACCAUGACUUUUGUAAUGCAAGCUCAGGCAGAAAAUAUCCACAUUGCGGCUUUCCCUUACGCACCGGAUUUCGGCGUGGACCCUGCGGCCUGGGAAUCCGCCGAGGUUGGAGGUGCGGCAGCGCGCGCCUAUGCUGUGAACAGUGGCGCAUACGUUAUCAUGCCCGCUGUUGGUACCGCCUCCAUCUUCGGUAAUGAUGGCAGCACGCUCAGCAUCAUCAACGCGACCGACUCGCCCGAAGUCAAUUACAUCACUGCAACAAUCAACACCACCACUUUCUCUAAUGCAACAUAUGACUCUGAUGGAGAGCAAAGCUGGGCUGCCCUGCAGCAGAUCGUGGCCGAAUUCCCCGCUUACAUUCCCAAGGUCAACAGUACUUUCUUUGCUAAGAAGACUGUCCCUAUCAAAAGCAUUAUCUGA